AAAGGGAGGGAACCACCGAUGCGAGUUCUUUCAGAAGGCGAAUACGAACCGUUUCAAAUGUUUCGAAUGUUUUGAGCUACCCUCCCCCGCACUCGCUUUCCUUAGCAUCAAGAUCGACCGUUAGGAUGUACCUUAAACGUCGUUCUUCUACUUCUGCAUUAUACUUGUAUCAUUUUAUGCCUCUUGGCUUAGAACUGUCCUUCACUGAUUUACACAUUCCCUUUCAUACCUAAACUCGAUCCGACGGGAGAAGUCUUUACUUUUGGCUGGCCAAAAUGUCAUCAAUGAGGUUUCGGCCCUCGGCCCUGUUCCCCUUCGUUACAUCUUUAAUCGCCUUUGCUCUCGUUCUCAUACUGGUUCUGUCGGGCACAAACCCAAAUUUGAUCGCGGAUGGGUAUCUUCUCAGUUUUAACACAACCUCCGUUGGCCAAAACCUGGUGGAGUUCAGCCCUGCGACACCAGCAACUUCAGUGACGCCUGCUGCCAACGCUGCCAGGGAUGUUCGUUCAGCGGGAUCAUUAAAAACAAAAGCUUUGGGAGUAAGGCUACCAAGCACAGGUAUAAUCCUCGAUUCUUCGGCUCCAGAUUCAGCAAACAGCAUCCCAAUCAUGAGUCCAGCAACCUCAGAUCCUUCAAUCUCGACAUCACCAGGCAGGAACAUUACCCAAUCAGCAACGUCAAAUUCGAAUACAACAACUUCAGCUGCACCAACCCUCACUAUCCCGCAGGCUGCCGUGGCGGCAAACCCAGCAGCUAUUCCCAUUGGGGUCGUCAGCUCUUUCUUCCAGUUGACCUUGAAUGCUUUUGCCACUGGAGUGGGCGACACGUUGCAGGGGAUCACCACGCUCCUUGUUACUACUGGAAAACAAUCUUUUGGGGUCCAGCAAUAUUACACAAUGCACGUGUCUGGCAUAUGCUCGGGAAGUGUAUUCAGCACAAACGCAACAAACGCAACAUCCGCUCUCAACAUAACACGCUGUGUAAGCUAUAGCAGUGGGAGCAGUUUCAUCCAAAACUUGACCAGCAACGUUUCAGAUUCAACACUCAUUGCGGCUGCAAAUGUCACUGUGCCAUUUAUAAGCAAAGUUCCCGGUAUGGGAAAGUCCGCAAAAUCGCUCAUCGACGUCGCAUCCGCCAUAGUCCUCGCGGUCUUCAUCAUCGGCCUAAUCGGAAACGGCUUGUCGAUAUUCCUAUCAGCAACAGCAUUCAUCGCCCCUCAGUACGGAACGAAGAUUCACACAGCCGGCGCUGGAAUUACCACUUUCAGCACACAAAUGUUACAGAUGGCAGCGAUCACAUCAACAACUAUUGCUGUCAGUGUAAGCAGAGUUAUCAAUAACUUUAGCGAUGUCUCCGGGCUCAGUGCUUCUGUCGGCGUGAAGUUCUUGGCUCUCAUAUGGGCGGGAUAUAUUGCUGCCCAACUGGCGAACGGAUAUUGGGUUGUAACGUGGUUCGUCAAGUUCCGGACCGUUGGGUACAAAGCGAGGGAGAGAACACGGCUGCAGAUGAGUCAGUACAAGGGCAUUAUAGCAGAAGUCCGGAGCGAUUUCAAAGUGGAUAAAGUUAAAUAUGACGAUACUGAGAUGUUGGUAAAUAGUCGGUCGGAGAUCAGGCAUUGGAAUGAUUAGAGAAAGCAGUAGAUAUUCCUAGCUGUACUGGUUUACCACAACUAUAAAUCAGAAACUGCAAUUGUAGUCCAAGAGUAUGAGAAAAUGAGAAUAUGGUCCACCU